AUGUUCGCGAGCGUGCGCGCGCGGGCGAGAGCGUGCGGCGUGGACACGGUGCGAGUGCUGUGCGUCGGGCCGAACGUGCGCGUGGGCGAGGCGUACGAGCUGGGGAGGGAGUACGACGCGGGCGAGAGGACGCGGGACGAGGCGGCGCUGCGGGUGGAGUUUCGAGCGGGAUUGUAUCACGAGGAAACGGUCGAGAGAACGGCGGACGUGGCGUUCGCGUUUAACGCGGGAGUGUGGGGGUACGAUCCGAGCGAUUGGCAUCCGACGAUCGAACGAGUGGUGGUGCGAGAGCGAACGCCGCUCGUGCUGACGUCGUAUAGCUUGCGAGAGGCGGAGAGCGACGAGGACGCGAUGCGGGCGAGCCUGAGUGGGUUCGAGAACGUGAUGUGGGAGUGGGAGGCGGAGAAAAACGCGUCGUGCUCGAGCGAGGUGCGAGAGUUGGGAUUUGAUCGAACCGAGUACAUGAAGAAGGACGCGAGCGGCGAGUCGUCGCAGGACGUAUUGCGAGAAAAUUUCGCGUGGCAAUGCGUCGCCGUGAAUUGA